AGUCUUCAAUUAGAAGAAGAUUUCAACCUUUCUAGUUGUAUAAAAGAAUAACCUAAAAUAGAGUUAUGUAGCGUUUUCUAUUUGAAGUAUUUAUUAGUUAAAAUAAAAUUAUCAUUAAAUUAUGUUUCACCAAUCUAAUUGUAUUAAAAAAUUAAGUGGUGUUAAUCUAAAGUAUACAUCAAUUUUCAAAAAUAGGAAUGUUAAAUAUAUUAGUUUGGGGAUUCCAAACUUCAGCAAAGAGGCAGAAACACGUAAUUCAAUAAAUAUAGCUCAAGAAAGUAAACAUUUAAAUCUCAAACCAUUAAGUGAUUUACACAAAACUGUUAAUUUUCAAAACAUUACAAGUGAUGAAGGACAUUUAUUGCUACUUGCAUGUGGUGCAUCAACAUUCAAAUCAUCCCAAAAUGAAAGAAACAUAGUGUGUCAGAAUUUAUAUGCAAAUCUUGAAAAGUACAAUAAAUUGGAUCUUAGAAUUUACAAUAGUUACAUUAAAAUAUGCACAGAAAAUAGAACUUUAAUUAAUUGUGAAACAUUUUUGGAUAAUCUGAAAUGUGAACCUUCUCAAGAAACACUCAAGCUGCUUUUUCAAAAUGUGUGUGAAAGUGGUGAUGUAAAUCAAGCUUUUAAUAUUUUAGAGCUAAUGAAAAAUAAGGCAAUAGCCAUAGAUGAGUCUGUCUUCAAUGAUUUGGUAUUAGUACAUACUUUAAAUGGGGGAAUAAAAGCAGCUGAAAUAGUUUUAGAAACUAUGAAAACAGCACAUAUUCUAGAAACACCAGAAACAUAUUUUGCCAUGCUUAAGGGAAUUAUCCAAAAUAAAAAUCACAAUGAAUUGAAUAGAUUUUUAAAAGAAUAUUCCAUUACCUUGAAUGAAAGUAAACUACUUGUUGUAUUGAAAGAAUUGGGCAUAAAUCAGUCCAUAAAUUGGUUACCACAGAUAAAACCUUUGUUUAGUGAUUUGAUUAUAACAAGGGAACUUAUAAAUAAUAUAAAAAAUAUUUGUAUACAUUUGGUACACAUGGGUCAAUCAGACUCGGCACUUGAAAUAUUCAAUUAUUUCCAACAAGAGCCAGAGGAAAACAGUGGCUUGUUCAUAUUAGAAGAAAUGUUAAGUUCGGGAGAGGAUUUUAGCAAAAUUAUUGAUGCUGUAAACUCUUUCCGCAACAAUGACUUGAAUGAAUAUAUUUGUGAAAAACUAACAGAAAUUGCUUUGAAACGGGGAUAUUUUGAUAUAUCUUGUAAACUAUUUGAACAUUUAAAAGAGAUAAGACCUCACUUUUUUUGGCCAUUAUUUCUAAAUGCCUAUAAGACCGAAGGAGAAACAGGAAUAUUCAAAGUUAUAGAACUAGCCAAUAAAUUGAAUGUUCAUUUAGAUUCGGACUCCUUUGAAUAUUAUAUAGUUCCUUACUGCAGUCGAGAUGAUUUAAUUUAUCUAAUAGAGAAAUUUAAAAAAAUGGGAUUCACAGUAAAAUUUACAAUGGGCCCAUUGUUGCGUGUGUUAUUAAAAGAAGAAAAAAUAAACGAAGCAGCAAAACUAUGUGAACAUUUUGAUGUACAUAUUGGAGGCGACAGAUUGUUUAAAUUAAUUUGUUCUGUUUGGAAAAGAACAAAAAAUCGAAAUUUAGUUAGUAUAUUGAAAAAAAUUCAUGAGUAUAAUAAAACUGGAGGAGAUUUAUUGGGAGACUUUCUUGUUAGCUCUAUUAAAUUUUGUAAAAAUAAACAGGAUUUUCAGGAUGUCUUAGGACUUUUGCAGGAUAUUAAUAAAAACACGCUAAAAAUAACCAUUACAUCGGCAGAUGCUUUACGAGAAAUUAUACAUAAACAAGGAAAUGUAGAUAAGGAGUUAUGUGAAGAAAUUUUGGAUCAAAUUGAUCAGAUUCUGGAAUUCAAAUUGAAAAUAGAAAGUGAUUAUAUUCCACAUCCCCGUGAUAUGAAAGUUGAUGAAUUAGAAUGUCAUCUGGUAGAAUUAAUGGAAAAAGGUUUGGAAACCAGAGGAACUCUCAGACGAUUAAUUCAGAUGCAUGUUAAUUUAGGAAAUAUUAGUAGAGUAAAGGAACUUAGAAAACAAUUCAUAGAUUCUGGAUAUGAAGAAAGUCUUGGGAUGAAGUCGUCAUUAUUAUAUAGUUUUAUUAAAAAUGACAAUCUUGAAUCAGCACUAAACGUCUAUGAAGAAAUUAGAACAAUUGAUCCAAAAUUCCAUAUUGAUCAUUUCAAAUUAAUAGAUAUGGCAGCACUAUUAGUUAGAAAUGGAAGGUGCUCAGAAGCUCUGAAUUUAAUAGAAAAUAUUAAAAUCAGGCUAGGAUUUCUCACAGAAUCUGUACAAAGAAAUUGUGUAGAACUAUUAAAUGAGUACAAAGAUGAAAAUGAGCAGAUGUCAAUGUUCAACAUAUUAAUUGGUAAAGGCUUGUGUAAAAUCAACAAUAUUAUGCUUGGACCAUUAAUUAAGAUAUUCCUAGUGAGGGGAGAUUUAGAAAAUGCUUUAAACAGGUAUUGUGCUGUAGCUGAACAAUAUAAAUUCGUACCUCUACAAUUUGAAAUAAUUAGAGAUAUAGCUAAAUCACAGAAUGAAGAAUAUCUGCAAAGAGUCUUAGAUACUACAACAAAGGUACGUGGUCCAAUUUCAACUCAAGUCAUAUUGAUAGCAGUAUUUGCCGAACUUGGAAAGGAGAGUAUUUUGCGGAAACUAUUUGCGACAACAAAGAUCCCCAUCCAAAAUGAUUUGAAAAAAAGGUGUGAAAGGUGGAUCAAAGAAGGAAAAUCGGACGCAUUAUUGACUCUAGCAAAUAGUUGUGAUAGAUUAUCAACAGAAAUAAUUGAUAUCAAUUUUGUUUAUCAGUGUAUAAUCAAAACGUUUGCUCUCAAUAACGAUUGUGUUGGUGCUGUUAAAUUUUAUGAGCAAUUAGUAGACAAAGAUGUACACAUAGACAGAAAACUAGAAAAUGAUUUGUACCUAUUGUUAAAACAACAUAAAUGUUCACUGCCGGUUGGUUUAAGACAUCAUAACAAAGGACGUUGAAGAAAGAUAUAUAUAGAUAUUUUCAUAUCCUGUUGGGAUUUUUAUUUUAUUAUCGACCUUCACAAAUUAUUCCUAGAUCAACCAAACAAACAUUGUCAUGAAGAAUACAGAGCAUUUUUCAGUUUUCCAAUUGCUUAGAGAAGUACUUGGAAGAAUCUGUAGUUGAAUGUGAGGAAAAUUAAUUCCAAUAAAUAGACUAUAAAUCUAGUCCCUUAUUAAAUAUAAUAAAAGAUUGGUAUUUUCUCAUUAAUUUUUAUUAUCCCCAAAAGAGUGAAAAACUAGAAAAGAGUAAAUUACUUACAAAAAUUUAUAGUAAAUUAUAUAAUGUUAAAUAUUUAUAUAUUAAUAUUUUAUAUAUCAGGUACUAUUUUGAUUUGUGACUCGAAAAUUUGAUUGUGGUAUCCAUUAUAACAUCGCUUCUACUUAUCAUUUCCUGAACUUCUUUUUUGUGAACUGUACUGAGGGUAAUGGUAUUCAUAUUCUCCAAAUUUCUUGUCAGAAUUCAUGCAGUCGUUAUAGAUUUUGGAAACUACUUUCAUUCCUUUUGAUAUGUUUAGUCUUCGUUGGUACGAUAUUUCUUGACUUGCAUUAUUCAUGCAGUUGUUGUAAGUGUUGUAAAUAAGUUUCAUUCCUUCCCUCAUCUUCAUUUCAUCUUUGUCUGAUGUUUUUUCAUCCAUUUUAUUUUAGUAAAUUUCAAUAUAAUAAUUUAGGAAUAAUAAUUAAGAAAGAAUGACAAAAAUGACAUUAAAUUUCACAAUUCUCAUAGGCCACCCAGAUUUAUUUAUUAAUUUAUUUUUUUUUCUUUUUGAGAGAGAAAUAAUUUUAUCGCCGUCUUUGUCAUCAACAUUUAUCUUCAGCUUAUUCACCAAUAAUAUCAAAGGGAUGAAGUAGUAUUUUAACGUAGAUCAUUACAUAUGAUUUUUGGGCUUUUUUCAAUGCAAAUAAUAUUUGUUACAUUUUCACAAGUAAAAAUAUUGUGUACCAAAAUAUCUAUGGCAGUUUAUUUUUCAAUUAAAAAGUAGAGAUGUAUUCCGUUUCCUAGCAUAACCUAACUUAAUGUCAAUUUGAAAUGACAGGACUCAUUAAACAGGGUGGACAUCUUGAAUCAUUAUCUACAUAUUCCGAUUAAAUAAAGUGGGAAGUAGUUUAUUACCCUUAAAAAAAUUUCUUUUUUGUUCUCAUUUUUAUUCUGCAUUUUAUAAUAAUUUCUCUUACUCGUCUCUUUCACAUCCUACAUUUUCUUAUAUAUUACUUCUCUCUUGAAUUCAGUUUAUAUAUCAUGACCUCUAUUUAUUCCGCAUAUUACAGACAAGUUCUAAGUACUUGUAUAAAUAAUAAUUGAAUGGCCAUGUGCCACUUAAACGCCCUUUCCAUUAGAGAUUCUAGGUGUUACAAUAUACUUUUCCUAGAAUAUUUAACCACAAAUGCUUUAAAAAUCGUAUAAAGUAUGGUAAAAUUGACAUAUUUUCUCAAUUUCGACUAAAUAUGAGAAAUUGAGACUCUUAUAUUUACAGAUAUUUAAACAUAUAUUCAGCAGGUAGUAUUAGUGGUGAUGUUACUUUCGCUGGAAUCAGAGAAUGUUUCGAAAUACGUUUUGUUUGGUAAAAGAAGAAAAUUUGCAAACCACAGUAAGCUCGUUAAAUUGGUUUUGCUAAAAUUCAGUUUAUUUCCUUUUUUUUUUAUAAAACAAAUAACUUUUUUAUAUAUUAGUUAUAUUGUCGCAAUGAAACAAAAUAUGAUGAACCUCAAAAAGUAUAAGAUAAAAGGAAAAGUUGCUUGUGUCUGAUAUAAUCGCCCCAUAGUAGUUGUAUGUACUCAAGUACUGUCAUGGUGAGUUAUUGUAUUAAUAAUACCAGGCAUUGCUUCUGGAGCUCAGACAUUAAUUAAAUCAUUAUUAAAAUUAAACCAUGGUUCUUCUGAUAAUGUGGAAGGAUGACAUCGAAGACUAGAUAAGAAUCAUUUUGUUUAUUUAUGGCCAAAAAAGCAAUUAAUGUAAGUAAAUAUUAUUACUCACAUAGUGUUUUAAAAUUUAUGGUUAAGAAUCGAUUAUUUUGAAAUGUUAGGGACAUGUAAUUACUUUUAUUAUGAUUCAUCAAAAUCAAAUUAUAAUUAAUAUAAAAACUAAUGACUUGCCCAAAGCUGUAUUAAAUAACUCUUCAGUGAAAGCAAAUAUUGAUAUUAAAGGAAAGGAUUCUAAAGGAUCCUGCAUUUUUAAAUGGCUAUGGAUACGUAGAAAGUCGCCAUGGAACAGUGGUCAAAACAACACCGAGCGUUUGCUACGAAAGCGUCUUACCAAACUGGAAGCCAGUGCCUAGGAAGAAGCCCGCGAAGGCCAGCGCGUUGCCAGAGUUCUGCUCUUGGAAUUUCUGACAGGUCUCUCCGGUCAGAUUUGCACCAUCACCUUUACAAAAUUUAAGUGGUUCAGGCAUUUAACAAAAACGAUUUUGCUGUCUGACAGUAAAUCUGCGAAACGUCCUUGGGCGUGAUUAAAGAAAAUUAGGAGCUUGUUCACAACUUCUGGAUGAGUGACGAAGCACAUUUUUAUCUCUGGAUUUGUGAGGAAAUAAAACUUCAGGUACAGUAUUCCUCAGCACAUGCUUCAUGAUGUAAAGGACAAUUUCAGAAAUCGUCUGCAAGAAUGCAUAAUUGGGUAGGAAGUGAGGUGUUAUUUUUAAACGUUAAUUGCACUUUCUUCUAUGGUUUUUAAUACACAAUAAGAUUAUAACAAUGAAAUUUUGAAAAAUGUCAUCUGUUUAUUUUUGACAACCAUUUGAAAAAUGCAGGAUUGACUGCCGUACCCUAUAUGAGUAAACCAAUUUUACUAGGCCCAGAUUUGAAAGGUAAAGAAAAGUAGAGGUAAAUAUUUAAGAAUAGUCCAUUCAUAUGACCUGAAAUUGAAUUGAGAAGUAUUUGCCAAACAUAAACCAGUCCAUUGAAGCUAAAUAGAUUAUAAUUAGAGAUAAGAAUAACAAAAGUAGUUAUAUUGAAUAUACACAAUUGGUUAAUUGUGUGUAAGAUAGAAAUUGAGUCCAGUGUGAAAAGCAAUAGAAAACGUAAUAAUUAUUUAAAUCGAAUGGAAUUUUUCAUGCUUUUUAUCAUUUUUGAGACCAAAAAAAAUGUGAUUAUUUUAUAAUUGUACAUGAUCUUGCCAACAUCAUUUAAUAGAAAUUAUAAAUAUUAUAUUUGUAGGUAAUAUAUGACUCAGUAAUUCGUUGUUUUAAGUUAUUUUAUUUUAUUUGCCGCUACUGAGUAGUGACGAUUCCAACAAUUCCUCGAGUUUUUUUUCUAAAUAAUAAAAAUAGAAACUUGUAUACUAGAAAGACAAUUUUGAGAGAAAUUCUACUUCAUAGACAAAGAAAAGCAUAAGAUUAUAGAAUAACUGUUUUAAUUUUUUAUUUCUUUUAAGGUAAAGAAGUUGCGGACUUUGAAGGGAAAAAUCAUGUGGCACACUGAAGAGAAAUAAUUCUUUCAAUGAAAUAGAAUUUUUCAUACGCACAAUAACAUCAUUUAGAAAAAAUAGAAAUUACAGUUGAUUAUUAUAAUAAAUUUUGUUACUACAUUUUAUGCGUGUUCAUUGUUUGCAUAUCUAUUUUGAAUAUUUUUUUCACAGAUAUGUAUUAUUAGUACAGUUACCUAUUUUCUCCAACUUUGCAAUUACUUUUUUGUUAUUGGUCCUUUAUAAUGAAAUUAAAUUGGAGGAUUUCUACUGUGUUUUCCAUUUUUAAAACUUAUCUUGAUCACUAGAGUAGCUAUCCUAUAAGAAUCCUUUUUUCGCUAUAUUAUACUCUUUUGUAAAUUCCUCACAAAAUUCUGUUU